GACACAGUUUUAGAAAUUGGGCGUCCCUCAAGCUAGAAAUGUUAUGGAGACCUAAUGAGAUAUGUGGAGAUAGAUUCACAUGCUAGCUAUCUUUACUUAAAGUCUCCAGCUAAGAUGAAUUUUGAUUCCAGUUUCCACAUAAACGACAUUAGUCUCAACAAAGAUAGAAUAAAGUUGCAAUAAGUGCUGCUGGAGAAUAAGAUUACGUUUUGAAGCUGAACUUUCCUUUUUGAGGAAGUGGUAGUUAAUGUAACUUUUUAUUGCUAAACAGCUCAUAAGUACAAUUAUUCACUCCCAUCUUCAUCAAGAAAAAUCUCCAGUAAUAACCAUGGUGUUCCCUAGGAUGGUUUUUCUGAUUCUGCUCAACUUUUUCAUUUUACAGACUGUUUCAUCAAGUUCUUGGAAGACAUUGCACGGGAAACCUCCUGUUGUGGUUGCUAGAGGAGGGUUCUCUGGUUUGCUUCCAGAUUCCAGUGAAAAUGCAUACUUGAUGGUGAAAUUGACAACUUCUCCAGACGUAAAACUGUGGUGUGACCUUCAGCUAACAAAGGACGGUGUCGGAAUCUGCUUCCCAAAUCUGAACCUUGACAACGGUUCUAAUGUCAAGGACGUUUACCCUAAUCACAAAGAAUGGUUUUCUGUUGGUUUCACAUGGAAAGAACUCUCUACUGUGGCUUUGAAACAGGGUGUUUUCUCAAGAUCACAAGUCUUUGAUGAUGUUUCCUAUAUGGUGCCUGUUGAAGAAGUAGCAAAACUAGGGACUUCAGGCCUUUGGUUAAACAUUCAGCACAGUGAUUUCUACACGCAACACAACUUGAGCAUGAGAAACUUUGUUCUGUCUCUACCAAGCCACGCGAAAAUCAACUUCAUAUCCUCUCCAGACAUCAGUUUUCUGAAGAGCAUGAAAAAAGAUGUCAAACCAACUAAGACAAAGCUCAUCUUUAGGUUUUUGAGUCAAGACCAGAUAGAUCCUUUCACCAACCAAUCUUACGCCUCUCUUGCCAAGAACCUAAGCUAUAUAAAAACUUUUGCAACUGGCGUUCUUGUUCCAAAAUCUUACAUAUGGCCUGUAAGUUCAGAUCUUUACCUGCAACCCCACACGUCGCUUGUGUCAGAUGCUCAUAGACAUGGCUUGCAAGUAUUCGCCUCAGAGUUUGCCAAUGAUGCCGUAUUUGCGUAUAACUACAGCUAUGAUCCAACGAACGAGUAUUUAUAUUUCAUUGACAAUGGGAACUUCUCUGUUGAUGGUUUCUUAUCAGACUUUCCUCUGACUCCAUACAGAGCCAUCAAUUGCUUCUCUCAUUUGAACAAAAAAAAAGCUAAAAAGCAAGCUAAUGUAACUAUUAUUUCCAAGGACGGAGCGAGUGGAGACUUCCCUAGCAGUACUGACUUAGCAUAUGAGAAAGCUGUGAGGGACGGCGUUGACAUUAUUGAUUGUAAUGUUCAGAUGUCUAAAGACAAGAUCCCAUUUUGCAUGAGCUCCAUAGAUCUUAUGAGCAGCACCAAUGUCUUUGACACAAGCUUCAAAAAUCUGUCAUCAACAGCUUCAGAUAUUAAGGAGACAACUCAGAGAAGUGGAAUCUUCACUUACAGCCUGACCAUGUCUGAGAUACAAACCUUGAAGCCUGUCAUUUCGAAUCCUCAGGGGACGUAUGGUUUAUUCAGAAACCCAAGAAACAAAAACCUCGGGAAGUUUCUUACACUAGCCGAGUUCUUGUUGCUUCCUAACCGUCACAGCUCUCUCUCAGGCAUCUUGAUAAAAGUGGAGAAUGCAGCUUCUCUAGCAAAAGAUCAAGGAGUCAGCAUAGUUGAUGCUGUACUAGAUGAACUCAAGAGAGCUACUGCUACUCGAGAAACCUAUACAAUAUUGAUCCAGUCUACUGAUAAGGCUGUCCUGAUGGAGUUCAAGGAGAAGCGGAAGAUGAGUAACGAUGAGCUGGUCUAUGUAGUUGAUCAAGACGUCGACGGUGUGACAGAUCCCGCAAUCAAAGACAUCAAGAGUUUUGCAGGCUCCGUUGUCAUCAGUAAGAAGUCAGUUGUUCCAUACAACGGAGGGAUCGCCAGGCUUAAAAGCGAGACAAGCGUUGUCCCAAGGCUGAGAUCAAGCGGUCUUCGUGUGUACGUUGAGACAUUUAGCAACGAGUUUAUAAGCCAACCGUAUGACUUUUUCUCUGAUCCAACGGUGGAGAUAGACUACUUUGUCAGAGGAGAUCCUGAGGUUGAUGGCAUCAUUACUGACUUCCCAGCGACCACUGCAAGAUACACAAAGAACCAGUGCUACAGCAAAAUGGGUCUGAUUGGAACCGGUGGGCUCGUGCCUUUGGCCAAUCCAGAGAUUAUUUCGCCAGCUGAAGCUCCAUAUCCACCACUAUUUGACUCAAAUGUCACGGAACCACCUCUGCCUGCAGUAAGAAGCCAGCCUCCUGCUCCUACUCCUACUCCUGCUGCACCAGCAAAGGCGAAGUCAAAGGCACAAUCAGUACAAGUUUCCUUUACGUCUAGAACCAUGCUGGUUCUUGUGAGCUUCUUUAUCAUAGCUUAGUGCUUUUAACUGACUUCGACUGCAAGUAAAACUAUGAAGCACAAUGUUUAAUUAAGUAUGUCAGAUUUCUAUUAAAAUAUUUGAAAUUUCAAUUUCAAUUUCUA